CAACAAGCAAGGACCAUCAACAUAACUACGCUAUAUUCAAGAUGGAGAGCCCACAUGAGCACCAGCAAGCCGUGCUGCUCUCUCGCAUUAUCGGCAACAUUGAAAAACUAAAUGAGUCGAUCAUGGUCAUGAAUAGAAGCCUCCAGGAGGUCAAUAUCCAGAACAUGAACGUCGAGCUUGUCGCCCAAAUGUUCAAGAACUACCAGUCGAACGUCCUAUUCCAUUUGGAAGCGACGGAGAAUUUGAAGGAUCCCUCAACAUCCUCCAGUGAUUGAUAUCCUUAAUGGUUUCCUGAUUUUGUAACGAAGACAUGAUUUACUAGUACAUAUAUUUUCAUUCACCCAUAUUCACUGCAAUAA